AUGAUGGAUGUAUACGAAAGAGCAUUGAAGAACCCCGAUCCGCCUAAAAGAACAGGAUCACGUCUGAAGUCGUCGCUGAUAGAUGAUAGCGAGCACAAAGUCUCAUUUAUUCCCGGUGUACCUAGUAUUAGUCAGUUGCGUCAAGAGCCUAGACUCCUGCAUCCGAUUCAGCCUUUACCAGCACCCAUCCAUCUGCAACAGUAUUUAGCGACCGGUAUGCCUGCUUCAUUCCCCACACAGCAACAACAUGUUUUCCAACAACUGCAGUAUCCGCCACCACCACCACCACCACAUGCUGUUCCAACACAAUUUUCUCAGCAGCAACUACUUCAAAUAUCAACCACACAAGGAGGCAUGCAACUAGAUCGCGGAUAUGGAUCGAGCAGCUCGGUAACAAACAUCCACCAUAAUAAAUCACCUUUACUAGUGAACACACCCGAAGAGCGAGUUAAUCAUGACCAGCUGCAAGCUCAACUAAAACAGGAUAUAUCAUCGUCAAAGAAAAAAAGAAACUCACGCCGAAAGCAUCGUAAUUCGCACCUUGGAUGUGGUACUUGCAAAAAGAGAAGGAUAAAAUGUGAUGAAACAUUGCCGUCAUGUCUCAACUGCUUGAAAGGGAAACUACAUUGUGCUUAUUUGAACUUGGACAAUGGUGCCAGAAAUGCCUUGAGAAUGGCUCAGUAUAAUCAAAGUAUGAGGCAAGAGAGAUUGGAAGGUGGGAAAUUCGGUAAUGAGGAACAGGAUCCUCAACAACAUACCCUGUUGCGAGAGGGACCCCAACUUGUUCAACAACAAACUGAGCAUGGAACAAUCCUUGCACCGUCGGGUGUUGCACAAGCAUCUGCACCACAGAUGAUCAUGGCCAAUGGUGGCUCAUACAUCCCUAUGCAACAACAACAACAACAACAGAUGGGACAUUCAACGGCUAUGCCUUCAACAGCCGUUAUGCAGUCCCCACAAGGACCAAUUCCUCUAGUUCCAGUAUUGACCAGCACUGGUGCCGUUGUGUACGCGCCAACUUCCGCGGUACCUGCUCCUGGUCUUGGUCCAGUUUCGCAACAAUCCAACCCAAUUUCGCAGGUGCCAUUAACAAUGCACACGCAGCAGCAGCAACAGCAGCAACCGUUAUCUCAACCCCUCUUUUCACACCAACAAACUCCAAACUCAACACACGGCAGAACUCCUUCAAUAUUAUCAAAUUCGGGGCAGGAUUCAUCUUCUCAAGCGUCUCCAUUGCACGGAAAUCAGCAACAACAACAACAACAACAACAACAACAACAGCAGCAGCAGCAGCAUCAGCAGAGAUUGCCAUCACUUACUCCAAUUAUAUCUACAGCUGCAAAUGCUGCAACAUUAGCGUCACAAAGCAUACAGAUCAAACCACAACAACAGCCACAACAGCCACAACAACCCCAACAGCAAUCGCAACAGUUUUCUAAUUCUGAGAUAAAGCUACCACCAAUCCCUCUUGCUCCUAUUUCAGUCCCCAGUAUAAAUGUAUCCAAAUCAAACUCAACAUCUGUGUCACCCUCACUCAAAUCCGAUACUGAGUCAUUUCAAGCUGCCAAAUCAGCACCAGUAUUGUCCCCAAUAUCAAUGACAAACGCUGCGUCAUCCAAAGAUGAUGAAUCGAAAUCGGGGAACGGCAAGUCACCCGUUCUUCCAAGCAUUUCACAGAUGACGCAACAACAGCCAUCGAUGGGGGUUACUCCUGUAGGUACCAAUCUAGUGUCACAACAACAACAACAGCAACAGCAACAGCAAACACAAGAAGCACAAGAACAGAACAACGGUGAUAUUGAAGAGAGACAGAGACACGACGAACGUGAGCGUGAGCGUGAUCGUGAUCGCGUUUAUGCACGUUCUGAAGCCGGCACAGCAUCAUACUCUAGAUCUAGGUCUAGGUCACCUACUCGAUCGCAAUCACGGUCGAACACUUCCACUCCCCGAUCCAGUGCAGCAGCCUAUGAAGCAAGCAGCGUAGAUAAGAGUCACGUUGAUGGUAAUAAAUCCACAACUUCUACCCCGCAUUUCAUUUCCAAACUGGGAUCAGUAUCGAAUUUCGGUUCGUUAAGCAUCGGGGAAAAGGAAACCAUUAGUGUUGGUGCCAAGGGAAAGCUGAAGAUAAAGUUGCCUACUGGUUCUGAAGAGGAAAAGGUUUCAAUAUCGAAGUUGAUUACGUGA